CCAAACGAGCCGAGUACUUAAAAUACCUGCGAACAAGAGCCAGACACAACGUGAAGAAGAUAUCAAAGUUUGGACCUUGGACAGCCACAAGAUGAAAAUCCCAGUCUACGUAUUGUAUAUAGUCACCGUCCUUCUCUUGACGCGAGAUGUUGCUUCGAAAGCAUGCAGCGACAAAUGCGGCACCCCCUAUGGAACAGGAACCUGUCAAUCAGAUGGAAAAUGCCUUUGCCAUUGGGGCUGGACUGGUCCCAGGUCUUCUUACUUGUCGUCUGGUCAGAUUGAGGCCGAACACUGUCAAUGGGCUUGUCACUACACUCAUGUCUACAAAAACCCUAACUGCACAGACGAUGAUGAUGGAAAUUGUUCUGGGAAUGAUUCAGAUGCCAGUGACGAAGAAGAUAUUUAAGAACUUUGCAAAAAGGGACUGGGUUAUGACGUAAGCAGUGAUUUCCAAAGUUUGUUCAGUACAUUUAAUAACUUUAUUAUCAAUAUCAUGAAUAUAUAUUCUGAAGUUGCAAUCUGUAACUAUUCGCUUGUCAUUCUGAAUGUUUUGCUUUUUGGUAGAGGUUGUUCAUUAAAAUGAAAAUA